GCGGGGCUCGCCGGGUGUCUUCACGGGGGCGGCCGCGUCUCGUUCAGUCGCGCGUCCCGCCGGCACGCGUCCCCGGCCUCCUCAGCGUCCCCGGCCGUCGCCGCCGCCCCUGCCGGUUCCGGUCCCCCCCCCCCGGUAGUUACCGCCGCAGCCAUGUCUAAGGAGCCGCGGUCCGGGCGGGGAGAGAUCCUGGAGUGCCAGGUGAUGUGGGAGCCUGACAGCAAGAAGAACACGCUGAUGGACCGCUUCCGGGCGGCCGUGAGCGCCGCCUGCGGCCUGGCGCUGGAAAAUUACGGCGACCUAUACCAUUGGUCAGUUGAGUCUUAUUCAGAUUUCUGGGCAGAGUUCUGGAAAUUCAGCGGGAUUGUCUGCUCGCGCACGUACGAUGAAGUUGUGGACACAUCAAAAGGGGUCGCGGAUGUCCCCGAGUGGUUCAAAGGCAGUCGUCUGAACUAUGCUGAAAACCUCCUGCUUCACAAAGAGAACGACAGAGUUGCCCUCUACGUUGCCCGUGAUCCUCAGCAUCGUGCAGGCCUCACCACAGUGAAUUUUAGGACAUUUUCACCACCCCAAAAAGAACCCCACACCCGUUACUUACCCAACGGGGUGCAUGCUGUGGAGGCCAUGCUGGCUACAGCAAGUAUCGGGGCCAUCUGGAGCGCCACAUCCCCAGACUUUGGCAUGAACGGUGUCCUGGACCGGUUUUCCCAAAUCCAGCCGAAGCUCAUGUUCUCCGUAGAGGCGGUGGUGUACAAUGGCAAAGAGCACGGCCACAUGCAUAAGCUGCAGCAGGUGGUAAAAGGGCUGCCAGACUUGAAAAGAGUGGUGGUGAUUCCCUAUAUCGCCUCCCGAGAGAACAUAGAUAUUUCCAAGAUCCCCAAUAGCGUGUUUCUGGAUGACUUUCUUGCGACCGGGAGAGGGGAGCAGGUGCCUCAGCUGGAGUUUGAGCAGCUGCCCUUCAGCCACCCUCUCUUCAUCAUGUUUUCGUCGGGGACCACCGGAGCGCCCAAAUGCAUGGUGCAUUCCGCCGGGGGCACCCUCAUCCAGCACCUGAAGGAACACGUUCUUCACGGCAACAUGACCAGCAGCGACAUCAUCUUGUAUUACAGCACGGUCGGCUGGAUGAUGUGGAACUGGAUGGUGUCUGCUCUGGCCACGGGCGCGGCUGUGGUCUUGUACGACGGCUCCCCCCUGGUGCCCACGCCCAACGUGCUGUGGGACCUGGUCGACAGGAUAGGCAUCACCAUCCUCGGGACGGGUGCCAAGUGGCUGUCGGUGCUCGAAGAAAGAAACAUGAAGCCAGUGGAAACCCACAGCCUCCAGACUCUUCACACGAUCCUGUCCACUGGCUCCCCGCUGAAAGCCCAGAGCUAUGAGUACGUGUACAGGUGUAUCAAGAGCAGCGUCCUCCUGGGCUCCAUCUCAGGUGGCACCGACAUCAUCUCCUGCUUCAUGGGCCAGAACCCUUCCCUCCCCGUGUACAAAGGGGAGAUUCAGGCACGGAACCUGGGCAUGGCCGUGGAGGCGUGGGACGAGGAAGGAAGGGCGGUUUGGGGAGAGAGCGGAGAGCUGGUGUGCGUGAAGCCAUUCCCCUGCCAGCCCACGCACUUCUGGAAUGAUGAGAGUGGCACCAAGUACCGGAAGGCAUAUUUCUCCAAGUUCCCAGGUGUAUGGGCGCACGGCGACUACUGUAGGAUCAACCCCAAGACCGGGGGCAUCGUCAUGCUGGGCCGGAGUGACGGCACGCUCAACCCCAACGGAGUGAGAUUCGGCAGUUCGGAAAUCUAUAACAUCGUGGAAGCCUUUGAGGAGGUGGAGGACAGUCUCUGCGUCCCCCAGUACAACAAGGACGGCGAGGAGAGGGUGGUCCUCUUCCUGAAGAUGGCUCCCGGGCACACCUUCCAGCCCGACCUGGUGAAGCGCAUUCAGAACACCAUCCGCAUCGGCCUGUCGUCCCGGCACGUGCCCAGCCUCAUCCUGAAGACUGAGGGCAUCCCGUACACCCUCAACGGCAAGAAAGUGGAGGUGGCGGUGAAGCAGGUGAUCGCUGGGAAGGCCGUGGAGCACCGCGGGUCCUUUUCGAACCCUGAGACCCUGGAUUUGUACCAGCACAUCCCCGAGCUGCAGGGCUUCUGAGUGGCCGGCGGGCAGCCUCGCUGCGACACGUGUUGGCACCGUGACGGCUAUGUGUUCAGGGAUUCGCUUAGACACCCGCAGUUCUUUGGAGCAGAUUUGCACUAGUGUCUGUGGGAUUGGGGAGGUCGUUUUUCUCGUUCCCUGGGGACUGCCUGAGUCGCCACACGCACAAGUGGGAUUCUGACCUGGAGGCUGACAGGGGCCUUAGGGCGUGUGUGUGGCAGUCUGUGUGGGUGUGUGUCUUUGCACACGCGCUCUGGCACGCAUGCACAGGAGGAGCGGGGGUCUGCCUGUGUGUGCGCAUGGAGGGCGCUGGCUGGCGUUCCGGUGACAGCACAGCCCCAAGGAGCCAUCGUGUCCUCAGCGUCCUCCUGUGGGUCCCCUUCACUCGGCUAAGGUGCACAGCUUUCUUCCCUUGACUUUUGUCUCUGGCUCUGGCCGUUGUCCCUCAGGCCACAUGUUACAAGGCACCCCAGUGUGACUUCCUUCAUAGCAUUUUCCUGUAGCUGGUUGUCAGGACCAGUCAGCUGGCUGACCGCCGUGCAUUGUCUGUGUGACAAAGGGAGCACACGCAUUUCCUGCUGGAACCCUGUGUCACUCACCAAACGGCCCCGCCCCGCCGACGGACAGUUUCCUCUGGAGAACCAGUGGGUUUCAUGCUUUACUCGCAGCUCUCUGUCUCAUGGACUUGGAAUGGUUUAGAAAUCUUUAAUGUGAAUUGUCUGUGGGUAUUUGAAGAACUGGAUGUCCACCCUGUGGGUGGCCCCCCAGGUGGCGGGUCACCGCGGGUCCCUGGAGACAGAGCUGCCCGGCCUGCGGGGACAUGGCCCCGCGGCAGUCCUCCACCUGAGGACUGUCCCUCAUCAGCGCCUGUUCCUUGUGUCGCGGGUCUGAUGGGUGGUUUGUAUGUUCUCUUCAGUUCAGCAUACUAACAAGGCCCUGGAUUCAUAAUGUUCAUUUUUGUAUUUUUUAAAACUAAGCCCAAUGUCUUACUUUUUUGAAUCCCUUUCCUUCUGGAUUAUAAAAAUAUAGGGGGGAAAGUGCCAUGAGGACUUUAUUGCAAUAAAUAAACAUAUGUGUGUAUGUACA